AUGAUUAGCACCUCCACAGACCAGCCUGGCCCCAGCCCGUACCACAGAUCGUCGGUAAAGCCUGAAAGGAGAGAACGUCGCCACAGACAGACAGACGAAGCCACAGCUGGCACCACAGACGUGGCCACAGCUGACACCACAGACGAAGCCACAGCUGGCACCAUAGACAAAGCCACAGCUGGCACCAAAGACGUGGCCACAGCUGGCACCACAGACGAAGUCACAGCUGGCACCAUAGACGAGGCCACAGCUGGCACCAUAGACGAAGCCACAGCUGGCACCACAGACAGAGCCACAGCUGGCACCACAGACGAAGCCACAGCUGGCACCACAGACGAAGCCACAGCUGGCACCACAGACGAAGCCACAGCUGGCACCACAGACGAAGCCACAGCUGGCACCACAAACGAAGCCACAGACGCAGCCACAGACGGGGCCACAGCCGGCACCGCGGGCCACCGCCAAGCCAGACAAUGCCCAGCAGGGUGA